UAUUUGCAAAUAUCCUAAAGGUCUCCAAACCUAUAUCCAACUACCCGACCAGAUGCAGCUUCGAAUCUAAGAAUAUUCGUUAUUCGAAACGGGAAUUGUCCGUGCUUGGACAUAAUUUCAUAGGAAUCGAAUCAAAUCCAAUUCGGAAUCGACAGAUCAGAACAGAACAGCACUGUCGUUCAUGUGCGGUCGGUGAGGGAAGGACUUUCAGGCACCGGCGCAAUUGGGUUUCCGGGUCGGGCUGGAUCCGAACCCGUAUCCGUUGAUCCGUUAUCUUCUUUCUGUUCGUCAAUGUCAGUCGCAGCGAAGAGGGGAAACACAGAAUUAGACCUAAUUUUGUGAAAUCGAAUGGCGUCAGUAUGUGCUUCUAAUUUGCCAGAUGUUGGGCGGCGCCUCCGCAAGGACCCUACCCAGAAUAACCUAAUUUUGUGCCCCUUUUCUUUAACCGUUCCAUGGUCCAAAGCCCGAUUGCGUGCUGUGAAGACAAGGUCGUCGUCGGACAGCAGCGGCUCGAUUCAGAGCAGUCCGGAGAAUUUGUCGAGGCGGCCGGAGGCGCCGUCUCCGGCGGCGGACGAUGGUGAGAGAUCGGAGCAGGAUUGUAAUUCUGGAGAUACGUGGAUCGAUUGGGAGGAUCAGAUUAUGGAGGAGACUGUCCCCGUUGUGGGUUUCGUUAAAAUGGUUCUUCACUCUGGAAAAUACCAAAGUGGCGAUAAAUUGAGUCCCGAGCAUGAGAAGAUUAUCCUGGAGAGGUUGCUUCCAUAUCAUCCCGAAUGUGAGAAGAAGAUAGGAUGUGGAGUUGAUUACAUCACGAUUGGAUACCAUCCUGAAUUCGAGAGGUCGAGAUGCUUAUUCAUAGCUCGUAAAGACGGGGAAUUGGUCGAUUUUUCGUAUAGGAAAUGCAUCAAAGGUUUGAUAAGAAAGAAGUACCCCCUGUUUGCAGACACCUUCAUUCUCAGACAUUUUAGAAGAUACAAACGCAAUGAUCCUAGGUAAAUAUUUUUGCCAAUGGUGCUUUACAUCCUGCAUUUGUAUAUUCUACUUUGUGUGAUCUGAUUUUAUAUAUAUAUAUAUGUUGGUGAUUGAAUUUGUAUCUAUUGAGAUCUUUACUGAUUAAA